GGAAAUGCAAGUGUUGAACCUGACGCUUUUACUGCUGUUCGUAACUAAAUUACAAAGAGAGUCACUCAUUAUACAUUGCAUGCGCACAUUCAAUUAAGAGAAAGAUUCGAAUAGUAAAUUCUGGUUUUGCUGGGACUGAACAAGCAGGCUUAGCUGAAGAAAGGCUACAUGUACGAACUUUUUUGUAUCGAGCACAACUGCUAAACCAACGACCGCAACAAUCCAAAUGGAUACCAGUACCACAGGAGAGAUACUGCGUCAGAUAUCACCACAGAUACCAGAUGCAAGUAAACUUAAUCAUACUGACCAUGUUAUAGAGCUUGUUACCGGUAAGUCAUCGUGGGUUACAAUACAGGGAACAAUGUGUUGUAUAAUUUGUGGUAGCAUGCACAUGAUGCAGUAUACCGAACUUGCCUCUUGGCCACAAAUCAGAAAAGAAAUUCAAGAACUUUUGAAAAUAACUCUCCCUCAAGAUGAUUGCAGUAUUUCUUGUGGUAGGUGUUUAGGUCUGAUGAAGGAAUUCUUAAGUGUGAAAAUAAAGAUUAUAAAUCUACACAGAUCUUCAGCUAAAAUGCAAGUGAUAAAUGAGCCUCAGCCAAAUGUGGACCAUUCUCCAGUCUAUUCAGAUGGGGAACACAGUCAGGAUGUGGAGACAAAUUCAGGGUCACAUCACAAAAAAUUCACUGUCAAUGGUUGUGGUGCGGAUGCUGAAUGUGAUCAGCCUUCAUUGAAAUGCCAACGCUGCGAUAAAACAUUUGUUGAUAUGAAGCGCCGCUUGGAUCAUGAGAAAGUGCACAGAUACAGGAAGACUUACAAAUGUCAGUACUGUGAUAAAAUCUGUGUAAGGCUACGCCAUAUAAAAGAACAUGAAUCAAUUCAUACUGGAGAGAAGCCACAUAAGUGUCAGUAUUGUGAUAAAAAAUUUCGUUCAAAGUCAACUGUUAAAUCUCAUGAACUUUUUGUUCACACAAACAAACUUAAUCAGUUUAAAUGUCAGUACUGUGACAAAGGGUUUAAGAGAAAGUGCACUUGGUUACUCCAUGAAAAGAGACAUACAGGGCAGAACGGCCAUUUAAAUGUCAGUAUUGUGAUAGAACAUUUUAUUCUAAAAGUGUUAUGGAGCAGCAUGAAAAUACACACACAGGAAAAAAACCAUUCAAGUGUCAGUACUGUGACAGUGUAUUUGCUUCUAAGUUAGGAAGAUAUCUACAUGAAAAAAUACAUACUGGUGAUAAACCACACAAAUGUCCGCACUGUGAAAAGGCAUAUAUUAUAAA